UGUCAGUCAAACAAAAAUUGUUUUGUUUCAUACAAAUAUGAAUUAAUUUUGUUGUGAUUAUUAUUGAAAAUUAAAAGAAACAAUGGUAAAAUAGUUGCCACUCACGAUACAGCAGUUACCUAUGAUAACAAGACAAUGGCUUCAACAGUUAUCAAGCAGGAACUGGAGUCGGAGACUUGCACCGUUUGUGGCGGCGGCGGAGAUCUUUUAACUCCUGAGGAGCAUGACGCCGGUUCACAAUCCAUGCCAGUGCCUUUGCGAACUAUGCUUUUGCAUUUAAAUAACAAUAAGAUCUUACCCGAAGGUAAGCUUUGUACAAGUUGCAUCCGUCGUGCCUUAGAAGCUUACGAAUUUAGCACAGCAUUAAGCACCAGAACAGCGCCUCCGUUAAGCGAGAAAAUUCGUGCAUUACGUCAAAAACUUCAUGAAUUGACGCAAAAGAUUGAUGUUUUCAUUGUUGUGGGAGGUCUGAGUGCUAAUUCCGGAGGGGUUUAUAGUCAAGAUGAUAUAAUUAUGGUGGAUAAAGAUGCCUUAGCUGCGGCAGCGGCCGCUGAUGACGAGGAUAUGGAGAAAGCAAGGAAUGCAUGUGGGGAUAGUGUUUAUCAGUGUUCGAUUUGUCCUCUUUCUUUUCAGCAUGCAAGUGAAUACCGUGAACACAUCGCCAUCCACCCGGGCGGCGCGCGCCACUCGUGCUGGACUUGCGGCGCGCAGUUCACCAGCAAGGACGCUCUCAGGGACCACUCCACACUACACGCGGCGCUAGCACAGAGCCUCGUGUGCAAUCUGUGCAAUGUUACUUUCCAGAGCAGCGCAGACAUGCGUCGCCACGAGUCUACAUGCGCGACUUGCCCAGUGUGUGAGAUGCGUUGCGGCGCGCGCAGCACGCUAGCCGCGCACGCGCGUCGCUCGCACGCGCGCCAGGCGCCGCUUCUGUGUGCACAGUGCUUUAUCGUGCUGCCCAGUGCGGAGAUGUUCGCGGCGCACGCGCUCACUCACCGCCAGGCGGACCGGUUCGUCUGUGGCUAUGAUUCGUGUAUACUGAGAUUUGCUACCAGGCACGACUUAUUGGCACACAUCCGCAAAUGCCACGCCGGGGAAGAGAUCCCGGAGCCUGCCGCGCCCGCAGACGUCGCGCAGCCCGCCACCGUGCCUUGCGACCAGUGCGGACGAACGUUCGGAUCGGUGGCAGCAAUGAAACGCCAUGCAAGAGUGCACCGUCGGGAAACACCACAGGAGGAGGCGGAUUGGGAGGGCGGCGAGAUCGAGAAGGCCCUGAGCAGGAUGCACGGCAUCGAGCCUUUGGAGGCGGACGUGGAAUACCUCGAGAUGGAGGCCCUAGAAGAGAUUUAGCAAUAGCUUUUCUUUAUUAUAGUCAUAAUUGUAUAGUUAAAAGAUAAAUAAAU